ACCCUAAGAAAUCACACUCUUUUGCACAGUCUUAGGAAAAUACCCUGGGGUGUUCGGAUUCCAAGUAUCACCUGAGCACUCCUUUUGGAUCUCGGUUCCUUUUCUCGAACUUGAGAUCACACUUUGCCGCCGGAGAACAAACACACAAACACUAUCUCCGAAACUACUUAUCGAUACUAACGCCCUCCAUUGUUCAAACCUGUUUUGACGCCACCACAGUUUCGCACACGGCUCCUUGACGAAGACGUUUUUUCCUGAUCUGUGUCUCCAACUGAUAGAUCUUGGAGCCUACACGCUUUGUGCUUGUUAGAAAAAUUUUCCACACGGGAUACUUGACACUACACGACGGGUGCUGUCCUUCACUGGAUACAGUCUCGAACACGGUCCAUUUUAUCAGAACAAACGGUACCGCAAUAAACUUAGGUCAAAAUGGCGCCCAAGAAGAAGGGGAAUAAGAGACAGGAGGAGGACUGGGAGGCCGAGCUCGGAGAAUCAGUCCCUGCUGCGACCGAAACACCUGCUGAGGCAAAUGGCGAUGCUGCAGCUAACGGCGAUGACGAUCAGAUGGGAGGAGGUCUUUUGGCCGCUUUGAAAAAGAACCGAUCGAAGAAGGCUAAGAAGGGCAAGGCACUCGACAAUGAUUUCGUGGAAGGAGAGGACCCAACACAGGCGGACACAAACGGCGACGCUGCUGUUGAUCUCUCUAGUAAAGCUCCACAGGAGGCUACAUUCGAUGAUGAGGAUGAUGUUUUUACCGGAAAGCCUAAGAAGGGCAAAGCUGCACCAGCUCCUCCCAAACUCGAACCUGCUGAGGAAGCCGAAGAGGGUGGUAAAGUGAAGUCCAAAAAGGAGAAAGAAAAAGAGAAGAAAGAGCGUGAGAAGCAGAGGAAGAAGGAACAGGCCGCAAAGAAGAAAGCUGCUACACCCGCUGCCCCUGUUAAGGAAGAACCGGUUAAGGCGGCUCCCGAAGUCAAGGCAGAGCCUACCCCAGCCCCCGCUGCCAAGAUAGAACCUGCAGGCAAAAAGAAGAAGAUCCCCGCACACUUGGCCGCUAUCCAAAAACAACAAGAAGCGUUAAGGAAGGCACAGGAGGAAGAGGAGCGGCUAAGGGCCGAGGCCGAAGCUGCAGAGGCUGAACGUAUUCGAAAGCUCGAAGAGGAAGAGAAAAAGAAGGAGGAGGCCCGUCAACGUAAGAAGGAAAAGGAAAGGGAGAAGAAAGAGCAGCUGAGGAAAGAGGGCAAGCUUCUCACCAAGGCCCAGAAGGAGGCCAAGGAGCGCAAUGAGCUGCGUAUGAAACAGAUGUUGGCUGCCGGUGUAGGCCAUGUUGCCGGUCUCGAAGAAAGGGGCGAACCAUCCGAGAAGAAAAAGAUGGUUGUGACGAACCGUAAGAAGAAGGGACCGAAGAAGGACGAGGUAGAUCUGGAGGCUGCUGCCGCGGCCGCUAGAGCACAACGGGAAGCCGAGGAUGAAAAGCGCAGGAAGGAAGAAGAAGAUUUGGCCAAGGCUCAGGCGGCCAAAGAUGAAGCGGAUUUAGAGGAUGAUUGGGAGGCAGCUGCUAAAGCAGAGGUUGGGGAUGAUGUGAAAGACAGCUGGGAUGCGGAGUCAGACGAAGAACAGCAAGAUAACAAACAAGUUGACCAGGAGCAGAAAACUGCGAAACAGGCAAAUGGCACCGCAAAAAGCGAAGACUCAGAGUCAGAGGAGGAGACUUCAUCUGACGAAGAAGACGAAGAGGCUACCGCUGCCCAGAAAGCUAUCGCCCAGAGAAAAGCAGAGGCUGCAGAGCGACGCAAGAAACAACACGAAGAAGCUCUUGCUGCUCGAUCAAAGGACAACCUACGAUCUCCUAUUUGUUGUAUUUUGGGUCACGUCGAUACAGGAAAGACUAAGCUUUUGGAUAAGAUUCGACAGACCAAUGUCCAGGAAGGUGAAGCAGGAGGUAUCACUCAGCAAAUUGGUGCUACUUACUUCCCUGUUGAUGCUUUGAAGCAGAAGACUGCCGUCGUCAAUCGGGAUGGUUCAUUUGAAUUCAAGAUUCCUGGUCUUCUUAUUAUCGAUACCCCUGGUCACGAAUCCUUCUCUAACCUUCGUUCUCGAGGUUCAUCUCUUUGUAACAUUGCUAUCUUGGUUGUGGAUAUUAUGCACGGUCUGGAACCUCAAACUUUGGAAUCCAUGCGUCUCCUCCGAGACCGCAAAACGCCUUUCAUCGUGGCAUUGAACAAGAUUGAUCGUCUCUACGGAUGGAAAAAGAUUGAUAACAAUGGUUUCCAGGAGAGUUUGGCUAUGCAGAGCAAAGGUGUCAUCAAUGAAUUCAGGUCUCGUGUUGAACAGACCAAGCUUGCCUUUGCAGAACAGGGUUUCAACUCUGAGCUCUACUGGGAGAACAAGUCGAUGGCUCGCAACGUGUCUCUUGUACCAACUUCUGCGCACACUGGUGAAGGUAUUCCUGAUAUGUUGAAGCUUUUGACCACUCUCACCCAAGAACGUAUGACGAACUCCCUCAUGUACCUUUCCGAGGUCGAAUGUACAGUGCUUGAAGUCAAGGUCAUCGAGGGUCUGGGUACAACCAUCGACGUUGUCUUGUCCAACGGUAUCCUCCGGGAGGGCGAUCGCAUAGUGUUAUGUGGUCUGAACGGGCCUAUAGCAACAAAUAUUCGAGCGUUACUAACGCCAGCACCGCUUAAGGAACUUCGACUAAAGUCUCAAUACGUGCACAACAAGGAGGUCAAGGCAGCUCUUGGUGUCAAGAUCGCUGCCAACGACUUGGAACAUGCUAUUGCCGGUUCAAGGUUAAUGGUUGUCGGUCCCGAUGACGAUGAAGAGGACUUGGAAGAAGAGGUUAUGUCUGAUCUUGAGAACCUGCUCAGCAAGGUUUCCAAAGAUCAGCGUGGUGUUUCCGUACAGGCAUCUACUCUUGGAUCUCUUGAAGCCUUGCUUGAGUUCCUUAGGGUCUCUAAGAUUCCCGUCUCUAACAUUUCUAUUGGACCUGUAUUCAAGCGUGACGUGAUGCUGGCAGGUACGAUGUUAGAAAAGGGUCUCAAAGAGUAUGCAGUUAUGCUCUGUUUCGAUGUGAAGGUCGACAAAGAAGCUCAAGCGUACGCAGACGACGUCGGCGUCAAGAUCUUCACAGCAGAUAUUAUUUAUCAUCUGUUCGAUGACUUCACCAAGCACAUGGCAGAGCUGAACGAGCAGAGGAAAGAAGAAUCCAAGAUGCAUGCAGUAUUCCCUUGUGUUCUCAAGACCGUUGCUGUUUUCAACAAGAAAGAUCCCAUUGUCGUGGGUGUGGAUGUUGUUGAAGGUAGCCUGAGACUGUUGACACCUAUUGCAGUUGUGAAGCAGAACGCAGCUGGCCAGAAGGAAAUCAUUCAACUUGGAAGAGUGGCCUCAAUUGAGCGUGACCACAAAGCCAUCCAAGUCUGCAAACGUGGCCAACCAUCUGUAGCCGUCAAGAUUGACGGAGCCAAUCAACCCGCAUACGGCCGACAAUUGGAAGAAAGCGAUACACUCUAUUCUGAAAUCUCACGAAAGAGUAUUGAUACACUCAAGGAAUUCUAUAGGUCUGAUGUCACGAUGGAAGAGUGGGCCUUAAUCAAGAAGAUGAAGCCACUUUUUGAUAUUCCUUGAACAGAAUACGAUCAGAUGAGAUGACAAAUCAAAAAUGUGAAUUAAGGGGGAAAAGUCUUUACGCUUUUUUACACUUUUGUGAUGUGUAUGUAGUUGUGAUUGAUUCUGAUUAUAUAAUUUCUACUUCAUCCUAUCCUACUCUCUGCUUCCUAAAGGGAGACUAUCCAAGUCCUGAUAGACCUAAUCGUUACCUUCCCAUUUUUCCACUUUCCCUCCCUUAUUCGUCCAAUCCAACCAACUCCCACGAUAUACCCCCAACGUAUCAGGAUCAUACCCAGCCUGCACAGCCAACUGCGCCGCAGCCUGCGCUCUCACUCCAGCCUUGCAAUAGAAUAUAAUCUCCUUCUUCUCUUUACCCGCUGUCUCCGGCGAGGAAGAUUGCUCAAACCCCGGUUUGGUAUAUCCGAACCUCGUCUCGAAUUCCUCAGGGGGCAGGAAAUAGGCAUCUGGUUGAGAGGCUAAAGGCACCGAAACAGCACCUGGUAUGAUCCCCGUUGCGGCGAGUUCGGCAGGUUCGCGGACAUCGAUGAGGAUUAUGUUGGAGGGUGUUGAGGAUGGGGAUAGGGAGAGUUUU